AUGGAGGCUGCCCAUCUGUCAUCUGUAGCCAACCAAGCCCCCGAUGCCUCCAUGGAUAUCGAUAUGGACCUUGAUCUGGGCCCGGAACCGGAGCCGGAGCCGGAGCCCAUUCAAACGGAAUCGGCGACACGCGCAGAGGACGCAGCUGAUCCGUUCACGGAGGAGGCCGUCUACGAAAAGGUUCAUGUUCGCGGCGUGGAUGAACUGACUACGGACCACAUCAAACAAUUUGCUCUCAGCCACUACGACCGCGAAGAGCCCACGCGUAUCGAAUGGAUCGACGACACCUCCGCCAACAUCAUCUACACCUCCACCGAGUCCGGCCUCCAAGCGCUGGCGGCCUUUACACAAGUUAACGGCGAAGAGGAUGCUUCGGCCCUCCCUCCACUGCGCCUUCGCUCAGCGAAGCUUCUGUCGUCACACCCCGACUCGGUCCUUCAAGUGCGAUCAGCUGUCAAGACAGAUCGCAAGCAGCCGCGUGCCCACGAAAAGAGUCGAUUUUACCUCAUGCACCCCGAGCACGACCCCCGCGAGCGUCUGCGCCAGGAGCUCGCGGACCGACGCCGAAACGGUGAGGCGGACGAUGGUGAUUACACGCGCCGCCGGUUUGACGACAGGGAGCACCGCCGGCGCCGCGACCGCGAUGGCGACCUGUUCAAUGCCGACAUGUACGAUGAUCGGGGCGCGUCGAGCUACUCAGACUCGGACCGCGGGCGAGGUGGGCGCAGACGUCGUGGCCCGCGAGAACUGUUCCCCGAGGAUGAUGACCGGGCAUCGGGACGUCUUCGCAACCGCAGCGCGUCCCCGGGACGAGACACUCUGGAGGACCGCGAUCGCAUUGAGCGGGCCGGUCACAACGGUCGCCGACAAUUCCGCGAGCGGUCUCCACAGUUGAGCCGAAAUACCGGCAAGGAGCUCUUCCCGUCCGCUGGCGAGUCCAACUCCGGCGCGCGCGAACUCUUCCCCAACAAGCCCACCUCCAGCUAUAUCCCCAAGGGACAACCGCCCAGCAAAGCCAGCAACCACCGUCGCUCAGAUGCCUUUGAUGCUUCCGACGAGACGGCAGAUCCGCUGGGCCGACGGAUCACCGCUCCCUUUGGGGAUGGGCACGUCGAAUCCACGCGAAACGCUAAUGUUGAGCUUUUCCCCGAUUCCGCUCGGAACGAAGCCCAUAUCCGUGGGGCGGCGAGGGAAGACCAGGGAUUUGCUAUCCGGGGCGCGGCUAACGGCAUGUCCAUCAAGGGCCGAGGCGCCUCGGUGCGCGAGCUGUUCCCGUCCAAGUACAACAGCAAUGCGGAGAAGGAGCUGUUUGCCGGGACGCUCGAAGGGCGUGGUGGCCGUCGACGGAGAGCCGAGGAUAUGUUUAGCUGA